AUGAGUGAGCUAGCAGAUCAGCGGAGUCUCGUCAUGAUCGAGCGUCUAUCCAACUCGACUAUGAUAGAUGUCCGAGAUCUUCCCAAGAUGCUGCAGGCGGCCGCUUGCACUCUCGAUACGCUCCCCGAGGAAUGUCGCGGCGUGCCGGAGUUCUUGAGCCAGGCUAAGGUUGACAUUCUGAAGGCUCUGAAGAUACAGAUCGUUGAGACUUCGACAGAGACAGUAACUACAGAGACUCUACAGAAAUUCCUGACAGCAGUAGCGGAGAGGCUUGGGGACAUGAAAGUGCUGUGUGAGGGCAAUGCUGAAUGCUCUCUUGAUGAGUUUUAG